UCGGUUCUUCCGGUCGGCAUUUUGAAAGAGAGCUAGCGAGCGAGCGAGCGAGCGAGAGGGGCAGGGGGGUAGACAGCGCUGCUAGAUCCCCCUUUCUCUCUGUUGUCCGACUGUUUUUAUAUCCGGAAAUUAACCGGUGCCCCGCACGUCUAAGCCCCCCAGCGCCUGACCCAAAACGUCGUCCGAUAAGGCCGGUGCCUUCGAGGAGGAUGCUCUCCCGCUCCCAGCAGCUAUUGCUCGCCGUGAGAACGGAGAAAAUCCCCCAGUCCUCCCGACGGGAACCACUGCCGCCGUGUUAGCUGUUACUCGGAAGAGCUGUUUGAACGGUGGGACGGAGAGGGAGCUAGAGACUCUUCUCCAGCUCCAGCUGCCAUCCUACUCCUGCUCCUCCCCCUCCUCCUCCUCCACCACCACCACCUCCUCCUCCUCCACCAGAACCACUUCUCUUUCUCAUCACAUCCAGAGCGUUUUGGAGAUGUGAGGAUUAGGAAGAGAUUGGUGAUAUCGAGCAGCCUGUGCAUUGACACGACCUCUUGACCUCAUCUUCAGCAUGAAUGGUGAUAUGCCUCAUGUUCCCAUCACUACUCUUGCUGGAAUUGCUAGCCUGACAGACUUGUUGAACCAGCUACCCCUGCCUUCUCCUCUCCCUGCCACCACCGCUAAGAGUCUGCUCUACAAUGGAAGGAUCUCCGAAGAGGUCGGCAGCCUUCUGGUGUGUCGGGAUGAGAAUCUGGUGACUCAGCUGGCACAAAGCCUUAACCAGGUCUCCACUGAACACAUAGAGUUGAAGGAUAACUUGGGGAACGAUGAACCCGAGGGUGACAUGCCAAUGCUUCUCCAAACUCUGCUGUCCAGGAACCCCAAAAUCUUCAGGGACAAAAGUAGGCCAACCCAGUGCAAGGUUUGGGGUGGUGUAAUGCAGCAGCCAUUAAUGCAACAGUAUAAGAUUUCUCAGAAUCAGGUGCAUGGGAGUCCAGGAUCAAACUAUCAGCAAACCACAGUUCCUCAAAGCCCCUCUGGAUGCUUUACAUCCCAGCAGGCUGGAUCAGGUACUCGGUUCGCACCCCAGCAGAACAGCCCUAUACCUAGUCCCUAUACCCCUCAGAGUCCUGCAGACUACAUGCAGUAUAAUCCACCCAGUUAUUCUCAACACCAACAGAAUCAGCAAGUUGCUGGUGGUGUGAGAAAUAUCCAUGACAACAAGGUCUCUGGACAGCUAUCAAGCAAUUCAUCAAACCAUAAUGUGAGACUAGGCUCCAACGUAGACUACAUCAACAUGGCUCACAGACUAGGAAAUGAGGAGAAUGACCCCUCCAUGAGGGCUGCCGCUUUUCCAGUUAAAUCACCAGAGUCUGUGUGUUCCCCUGCGGGGAGUGAAGAGACUGCAAAAAGAGAGUCCAGACCUCCUCUCAUCAUGCAGUCACACCCACCUGAUGUGCCACCAGGUGCAGCACCUGAACAUCUCCUCACCUCUGCUGACCGCAAAAAGAGGCAGAAAGAAAGGAGUAAGGAAGAAAAUGAAGAGAUGGAAAAAAACGCGUUGUAUGGCAUUGUUAGUUCUCCAUCAAAAGACUCUGCCAGGCUGACUUUAAAACUGUCACGCGUGAGAAGUUCAGACACGGAUCAACCUGGAGAACUUACUCCUAAGGCACACGGGGACUUAAAUCAUGAAACUGAUUUGGUCAAUAACAAAAAUCAGUUGUCAAGGACUGCACAGGAUGCGUCGCUCAAGUUUGGUGCUGAGGAGCAGGCAAACUGUCAGCAUGCUCCUGCUCGGCCAAAUACCAAGGACUCUGGAGUCAUCAGCGGGAUUGUGUUCGAUGAUGCUGAGAUAGAUACAAUUGCAGAGAUCGAGAGAAUAGAACGGGAGUCAGCCAGUGAGAGAGAACGGUGGUCUAAAGAAGUCCAGGAUAAAGAUAAGCCACUGAAGAAACGGAAGCAAGACUCGUAUCCUCAGGAAUCCGGAGCUGAUUCAAGUGACGGGCCUAUCUUACAAGGGGGAAACACUGACAGCAGGUUGACACCCAAGAAGACAAAUGCUGCAAGUAACGGUGCCAGUCGGCCUGCUUUAAUGGUCAGUAUUGAUCUGCAGCAAGCCGGCCGAAUGAUUGGACAACCUGUAGUGGUCUUGGAAGCACAGAAGUUGUGUGAGGAACACCUACAGCGCAUAAAGUCAAAGACUGACGAAAAGGUAGAUAAAGUUGUUGAAAACCGACCUGGGAUCAUCAAACAGCAAGCAGAUAUUCCCAGGAAAUCUGGCUCAGACGGGCAACCAGAGAGCACUAAAGAGAAGCAGGAACGGCGACGCGAGAAACACAGACAUGAUGGCAAAUCUGAGAGCGUCAAGGGACAUUCGGAUGACAAACGGCCAGACACUCCCCGGCAGAAACAUGACAAGAAUUCAGACUCUCGCCACAAAGAGGAAAAGAACCACAACAGUCACCAGCCAGAUGUCAGCCAACCUAAGGCUCCAAAAACCAUGAGCAAGGCGGAACGCAUCUCGAGACAUGGAGAGGAAAAAAUUAGGGAUCGAAAUAAAGUUAAGGACAGAGACAAGGACAGAGUCAGAGACAGAGAUAGAGACGUGGACAGAAAUAAAGAUAAAGACAAAGACAUAGAUAGGGGCAGAGACAAGGACGGAGAUAGAGAUACAGACAAAGAUAGAGAUGGGGACAGAGAUAAGGACAAGGUUGGAGAAGGAGAAAAAGACAAAGACAAAGAAAGAGACAAGGUCAAAGACAAAGACAAAAUUAGAGAUAGAGACAAAAUUAGAGAGAGAGUGAGGGACAGAGAUAAAGACAAGAACGGAGACAGAGAUAGAGACAGGGAGAGAGAUAAAAACAAGGAAGGAGAAAAAGAUAGAGACAGAAACAAGGACCGAGAUAAAGACAAGGACGGAGUCAGAGAUAAAGAUAAGGACAAGGAUGGAGUCAGAGAUAAAGAUAAGGACAAGGAUGGAGUCAGAGAUAAAGAUAAGGACAAGGAUGGAGUCAGAGAUAAAGAUAAAGACAGGGAUGGAGUCAGAGAUAAAGAUAAGGACAGGGACGGAGUCAGAGAUAGAGAAAAAGACAGGGACAGAAAAAGAGAUAGAGAUAAAGAAAGGGAGAGGAAACACAAGACGUUGCGGGAAAACUGCAAUAGACACUCACCUGAUGGGAACACUAGACCUGACAGCCCAAAGGUAAAGCGAGAUGGAAGCAGAAAGUCAACUGACCUCAACGGUCGACAGAGGACCGAGAAUUCCAACCAUCAAAACGCCCAAAACAAGGAAGAGAGGAGGAGUGGGGACGGCAGCCUUAACUGCCAAGCGAGAAGCAAACAGCAGUCUUUUGAGACAAAACCCAGCGAGUUCCCCUCGUACCUGCUGGGUGGCACAUCAGGAAGUCUGAAGAACUUUGUGAUUCCUAAAUUGAAAGGGGACGUGAAAGAGAAAGAUCCUCAACCUCUGAACAAACUCAAAGACGCCUUGAAUGAACCCAUCGUCAGGCUGAAGCGAGUGUCAUUGUUAGAGAGCUUUAGCAAACGAGCUAAGCCUGUUGUUGUGCUUCGAAGACUCAGUAUUGAUGAAGUAAAGACCAUCAUUCGGGAAAGCAGAGAUGCACAGAUCUCCAGAUCCAGGAAGUGGUCCUCCAUUGACAAAUCGGAGAGAGGGAUGUCGAUUAAAAGAAAGCACAGUAUGAUCAGUAAGAAAUCCAAGUACGCUGAGGUGGACUCAGACGAAGACAAAGACAGUGAAGAUGACCCUGACGAUGAGUCUGCAAGGAAAAAGUACAAGAAAGGUCAAGACAAGACAUGGAAGGCCAAUGCUCGCCGGGGGUCUGGUAGCCGUCAUCGUGAUCGGAGCCCUGGUGAUUCAGAUGGAGGCACUCCACCACCAAGCAUGAAAGAUGUUGCCAGAAAAUUGAAGAAAAAGGAGCAACAUAAAAAGAGGAAGGCGUACGAGUCUAGCCUGACACUAGAAGAAAAGAUGGACUCAUCCUCAGUUAAGAGAUUCACAGCCAGCUUGGACAACAUUCUUGAGAGCCUUGAGGACGUGGACAUUGCUGCUGAAGAUGAUGAUGAGAUACCUGAAGAGCUCUUGCUUGGAAAACACCAGUUGAGUGAGCUAGGCAGUGAUUCGGCUAAGAUUAAAGAUAUGGGCGUCUUUAACAAGCUUCCAUCUAGUAAACUGGUGAAAAUUUUGAAUAUCCUAGAGAAGAACAUUCAGGACAGCGUCAAACUUUCCACAUUAAUGAACCAUGAUGAUGAUUCCAUGGAGGAGGAGCGGCUGUGGCGUGACCUUAUCAUGGAGAGGGUGACCAAGUCCGCUGACGCCUGUCUGACUGCACUCAACAUCAUGACAUCUCCACACAUGCCCAAGGCUGUUUAUAUAGAGGAUGUGAUCGAGAGGGUGUUGCAGUACACCAAGUUCCAUCUGCAAAACACUUUGUACCCUCAGUAUGACUCCGCCUUCAGAGUGGAUUCCCAUGGAGGUGGCAUGCAUACUUCAAAGUCCAAGAGAGCAAAGAGCUCUGCCCACAAACAGAAGGUGGUGGUCGUGCUCUACAGCAAAGUGUGUGAUAUCAUCAGCAGCAUCUCAGAGCUCCUGGAGAUCCAGCUGCUAACUGACACCACUAUUCUCCAGGUGUCCACCCUGGGUAUUACACCGUUUUUUGUGGAGAACGUCAGUGAUCUGCAGUUGUGUGCCAUCACACUGGUGACAGCAGUGUUCUCUCGUUACGAGAAGCACAGGCAGCUCAUCCUCGAAGAGAUCUUCACCGCCCUGGCAAGACUGCCUACCAGUAAACGCAGCCUCAGAAACUUUAGGCUAAACAGCUGUGACACAAAUGGAGAGCCCGUGUAUAUCCAGAUGGUCACAGCGCUGGUUUUUCAGCUCAUCCAGUGUGUGGUACACUUUCCCUCAGAGAGGGACCCAGAUGAUGAUCACAAUAAGAAGGUGGAUAAGGACGUCUUCAUCACAAACUCUUAUGAGACUGCCAUGAGGACAGCUCAGAACUUCCUGUCAGUGUUUCUAAAGAAGUGUGGCAGUAAGCAGGGAGAGGAGGACUACAGGCCUCUGUUUGAGAACUUUGUUCACGACCUGCUGUCUUCAGUCAACAAGCCUGAAUGGCCGGCAGCUGAACUGCUGCUCAGUUUACUGGGCCGACUGUUGGUGCACCAGUUCAGCAACAAGCAGACAGAAAUGGCACUCAGGGUGGCGUCGCUGGACUACCUCGGCACUGUGGCCUCUCGCCUGCGCAAAGACGCCGUCAACACCAAGAUGGACCAAAAGGCCAUUGACCGCAUCCUCAGAGAGACUCCAGGCAGUGAUGAAGUUCAGCAGCUCCAGAAGGCCUUGCUACAAUACCUAGAUGAGAACAUUGAGACGGAGCCAUCUCUGGUGUUUUCCAGGAAGUUUUAUGUUGCCCAGUGGUACAGGGACACUGCAAAUGAGGCAGAGAAAGCGAUUAAGUCCCAAAAUGAGAGCGAUGAGGACCUGAAAGGCGGACGUCUUUACAAAGAAUUUGACUCAACUGAGGAGAUUAUGCAGAGGGCCGAGACACGAAAGAAAUUCCUCCGCAAGGUCAUCAGGGCAUCACAUUCCAGUUCAUUGAGGGAAAACUCUGACACGAUAGAUUAUGAGGACUCCUGUCUGAUUGUCAGAUAUCUGGCCUCUAUGAGGCCGUUUGCGCAGAGCUUUGAUAUUUAUUUAUCACAGAUUCUGAGAGUGCUGGGUGAGAGUGCCAUCGCAGUCAGAACUAAAGCCAUGAAGUGUCUGUCUGAAGUAGUGGCUGUGGAUCCAAGUAUUCUUGCACGGUUGGAUAUGCAGCGUGGGGUUCAUUGUCGCCUCAUGGACAACUCCACCAGUGUGCGAGAGGCAGCUGUGGAGCUCCUCGGCCGUUUUGUGCUCAGUCGACCAGAGCUCAUUGAGCAGUACUAUGACAUGCUCAUAGAAAGGAUACUGGACACAGGCAUUAGUGUGCGGAAGAGGGUCAUCAAGAUCUUGAGGGAUAUUUGCCUGGAGCAGCCUGACUUCCACAAGAUCACUGAGAUGUGUGUCAAGAUGAUUCGAAGGGUCAACGAUGAAGAGGGGAUCAAGAAACUUGUGAAUGAGACAUUCCAGAAACUGUGGUUCACGCCCACACCCAGUCAUGACAAAGAUGCACUGACCCGGAAAAUCUUGAACAUCACAGAUGUGGUGUUGGCAUGUAAAGAUUCCGGCUAUGACUGGUUUGAGCAGCUUCUCCAAAAUCUACUGAAAUCAGAGGAGCAAGCAUCAUACAAACCUGCCAAGAAGGCCUGUGUUCAGCUGGUGGACAAUCUGGUUGAACACAUACUGAAAUAUGAAGAGUCUCUUGCAGACUGUGAGGACAAAGGGGUAAACUCAGGUCGUCUGGUCGCAUGCAUCACAACUCUCUACCUGUUCAGCAAGAUCAGGGCACAGUUAAUGGUCAAACAUGCAAUGACUAUGCAGCCCUACCUGACCACCAAGUGCAAUACUCAGAAUGACUUCAUGGUGAUAUGUAACGUGGCAAAGAUCCUGGAGCUGGUCAUCCCACUGAUGGACAACCCAAGUGAGACCUUCCUCACUACCUUAGAAGAAGACCUGAUGAAGCUCAUCAUCAAAUAUGGCAUGACGGUUGUCCAACACUGUGUAAGCUGCCUCGGUGCUGUUGUCAACAAGGUCACACACAACUACAAGUUUGUUUGGGCUUGUUUCAAUCGCUACUAUGGCGCUCUGGCCAAGCUGAAGACGCAGCACCAGGAGGACCCCAACAGCUCCACCCUCGCUGCUAACAAACCGACUCUCCUGCGCUCACUGUUCACUGUGGGAGCUCUCUGUCGACACUUUGAUUUUGACCAAGAGGAGUUCAAGGGUGCUAACAAGAUUGUCAUUAAGGACAAAGUGUUGGACCUUCUGUUGUACUUCACCACUCACGAAGAUGAAGAGGUCCAAAUCAAGGCCAUCAUAGGUCUAGGCUUCCAGUUCAUCAUGCACCCAGAGCUGAUGUUUGUGCAGGAUGUGAAGGUUCUCUAUAACAGUACCCUGUCAGAUGAAAGCAGUUUGGUCAGUCUGAAGAUACAGGUGCUUAAAAACCUGCAGACGUAUCUACAGGAGGAGGACACUCGGAUGCAGGAGGCUGAUCGCGAAUGGAAGAACCAAGCUAAGCAGGAGGAUCUGAAGGAAAUGGGAGACAUCUCAUCGGGCAUGAGCAGCUCCAUAAUGCAGAUUUACCUGAAGCAGGUGCUGGAGUCGUUCUUCCACUCCCAGUCCACCGUUAGGCACUUUGCCCUGAGUGUCAUCACACUGACUCUCAGUCAGGGCCUCAUCCAUCCUGUACAGUGUGUGCCCUACUUGAUCGCCAUGGGAACAGACCCAGAGCCAACCAUGAAGAACAAGGCUGAUCAACAGCUGGCGGAGAUCGACAAGAAAUAUUCAGGCUUCAUCCACAUGAAGGCUGUGGCAGGGCUGAAGAUGUCUUACCAGGUACAACAGGCCAUUAAGGGAUCCAAAGGUGCCGUGAUUCGAGGCUUCCGUCACGAUGACUCGGACUCCGCUCUCUGCGGUCAUCUCUACACUUUGGUCCGCGGGAACCGACAGCACAGACGCGCUUUCCUCAUCUCCCUGCUCAACCUGUUCGAUGACAGCUCCAAAACGGAGGUGACCAUGCUGUUGUUUGUAGCAGACAGCUUGGCAUGCUUCCCCUACCAGACCCAGGAUGAGCCUCUUUUCAUUAUGCACCAUAUAGAUAUCACUCUGUCUGUCUCUGGCAGCAACCUGCUCCAGUCUUUUAAGGAGUCUUUGCGGAAAGAACCUGUCCAGCGGGAAAAGAUGACUAAGAAGCCAAAAAAGAAGAAGAAGAAGAAGAAGAAGAAGAAGAAGCAGAAGCAGUCUCGGAGGAGGAAGAACAGCUCUGAUGAGGACGAUGAUGAUGAGGAGGAGGAUGAUGAUGAAGAUGAAGACAGCAGUAGCACAUCCAGUAGCAGCGAUGAGGAGGAAGAGGAGGUGGUGGUCCACAGGCGAAAGAAAUCAGCCGGCUCCGACUCUGACUCCGAAGACGAGGAUGCACUGAUAGACCGUCUGCCUGAGAACCCCGACCCUCUGCUGGACUUUGCCAGCGCUUCACAGGGUAUUCUGCUGCUGCUGGUGCUGAAACAACACCUGAAGAAUCUGUACGGCUUCUCAGACAGCAAAAUCCAGAAAUACUCACCCACGGAAUCAGCCAAAGUGUACGACAAGGCUGUGAACAGGAAGUCGAAGGUGCAUUUCAACCCUCGCCAGACACUGAAUUUCCUGAAGUAUGACACGGCCAACAUGGAUCUGAGCUACGAGACCAAGAAGAAUAUUGUGAAACAGUAUCUGGACUUCAAGGUACUGAUGGAGCACUUGGAUCGUGACGAAGAGGACCAGGAGGGUGAAGCAAGUGCCAAUGCCAGAAACAAAGCAAUUACUUCGCUACUCAAGGGCUCAAAGCCCUCAAACCACAACCACAAUAAUCACACUGCUCCAGUGGAGACUGAUGAAGAGGAGAGUGAGGAUGAAGAUCCCCCCGCACGGAAACCAAGGAAAGGGGAUUCCGCAGAGGAUUCAGGUCACAAGAACGAGAGGGUGGAGGCCAUGGACGUCGUCGCCAUCCUCCGUCCCAAAUACAAAGACAGACCACAGAUUGCCAGGGUCGUUCAGAAGAUCAAAAAUGGCUACAGCAUACACUGGAUGACCGGCUCUUACUCCGGGCCCUGGGUCGUGGCAAAGAAACGGGACGGUCGCAAAAAGGUGCCUUGGGUCGACACGAUCAAGGAGUCGGACAUUAUUUACAAGAAGAUCUCCUUGACAAGCGGUCAAAAGCUGUCGAACAAAGUGGCACAGACGUUACGGGCGCUGUACGCUGCCAAGGAGGGGGGGAAGAGUUAAUCAGCUGACAAGACACCCCUCACAGCCCAAAUCUACACAGAUCCAAUAUGUUACAGAGAGAAGAGGGACUCGGUGGAGGAACAAGCAGUGAGAACGCUGGUCUGUUUGAAAACAGAGAAAAACACGAGAAGGAAAUGUUUUGGUAAACAUUGUGUGGGAGUUCCUUCGCUGUUGUGCAGCAGCUUCGUUGUAUGAUUUUUACUCCCACUGUACCAUAGUUUAACUCAACACAUGUUUAUAUCUGAACAUAAUUCUGUAAAAAAAAAAAAAAGAAACUGAAUGUUGGAAAUUAGUGUAUUGAUGAUGUUCUUAAUAAAGUGUUUUUGGAGUUUAAAACUAG